GCCCAUCUUCCUCACCGAUCAAGGCGCAAUGUGUUGACACAACAGCCGUCAUUGCUGGUGUUGUGGAUUUCCUUUUUUUUUCCUUCCCCCGCCGUUCUGUUGCUAACUUCCGUCGCCAUCCAAAGAGGAGUCGAUGCUCCGCGCGUGUGCGUGGGACCACGCCACCCUCCCUUAUACCCCGGCGACCUCUUGCGUGUUGUUCUACCUCGUCCCUGGCGAUCCGGUGUGGCGUGUAAGUGUGCCCAACGCACGCGGCGAGUAUCCGGAUUUGGUGCCGGGGCUUCCGUACCAGGAGUGGUUUCAAAUGGACCCUUACUUCGUGCAGGAGUUCGCGCCGCCCGCUUUAACCGCCGACGCGGGGACGCAGGUGUCGUGGGAGGAGCUGCCGAUACCGCCGCCGCUGCACCUGCAGCACUUCAUGGAGCCGGCGAGGCAUGAGGACGCGUGA